GUAGAUAUAACGAAGAAAUUUUAAUUUAAAUUUUGAAAUUUCAAAACAGAUUUGUUUUGAAACAUAAAAAUGUAUCGAGUGUUAAUUGUCAGCGCAUUUGUUGUGUUCUAUACGGCUACAGUUUGUUUGGCUGAUACAAGUGUAAAGAUUGUGAAUGGUGACAAUGCCAACAUAGAAGAUCAUCCAUGGAUGGUCAAUGUUCAGUUGAGAGUAAAUGGAAGGGCUAAUUUUACCAAAUAUUGUGGAGGAGCAAUUAUUGACAAAAGUUGGGUUCUUACAGCGGCACAUUGUAAUAAGUUCAAUAUUGGAGGACCGGCUAAAAAUAUAAGAGUAGCAGUUGGAAGCUCUUUUGUGAGUCAGAUGAAAGUAAAGAUACCUGUGAAAAAGUAUUACGAGCACGAAAAUUGGGAUCCAUACGAAAUUAGAAAUGACAUUAUGUUACUACAGCUUCAGAAACCGCUUAAAUUCGGGUCUACAAUCAAUAAAAUCGAUCUUGACACUGACAUAGGCAAAAAUUAUACAGGAGACUUGUGCACAGUAACAGGAUGGGGAGAUACAGAUGUCUUCGAAGGAGGCAAUUAUCCUGAUCGUUUACAAGUUGUAUCUUUGUCUGCUAUCCCUACUGAACGCUGUGGAAUUCCAUUUAGUAUUCCAAAGACACAUUGGAAAAACAUACUGUGUCUGCAAGAAAAGGAUAAGGAUUCUUGUGGGAAUGAUAGUGGUGGACCCGCGGUUUGCAGUAAAAAGCUUGUAGGAUUAAUUUCGUAUGGAUGGGGGGGAGCCAAUUGUGAUGGAACUUUUCCAAGUGUGCAUACAAGAAUUUCUGCAUACUUAGACUGGAUUAAAAACACAAUGAAUACGAAGAAUAAGAAAAUUAAGAAAGAUAAGAAAAAGAAGUCCAAUACGAAUAGAAAGGGAAAGAAAAACAAAAAAAAUAACAGAAAUUAAAAUUGUUACUACAAUAAGGUUAAAUAAAGAAAGUACAUAAUUCA